CAGGAUUCAAUGUCUGUGUUCCAAUUUCGCUGCAUAAUUCCAAACAAUCCCAACUACUUUACCCCAAUAAUUUAUUCAAGUUUUUGUUUUCUUCUGCUCUCUUUUUGUUUAAUGCUUAAACUUUGAAGUUUUGUGAUUACAAAUUUGAAGGAGAAACCCUUGUCCGUUUCCUCUGAAAUUGACCUUGGGUUUUAGCUCUUGUAUGCUCGAUUAGGGUUUUCGUUUGACACUGUGUAGUUUCACUGUUCUUUUGAUUUGGUAUAUGUAUUCCUGAAUCUCUUUUCAAGAGUCUCUGUAUCGAUUAAUCCAGAUGAGGUGCUUCUCUUGCAUAAAAUUUUGCUCCAAAGAUGUCGAAAAUUACGAUGGCGAUGUCGCAUCCAAUGAUGUUGCAGUUGAUGACAAGGGAAAAACAUGUAAAGAUGUUAAAGAGAAGGGGAAAAGUUUUAGUAGCCAGAGGUAUAAUGUGGCAAACCGUUUUACAUUUCGUGAACUUUGUGUUGCAACACAGAAUUUCAAGGAUUCUAAUUUGAUCGGAGAAGGUGGAUUCGGAUGUGUUUACAAGGGUCGAUUAGAAUCAGGGAAAAUAGUUGCUGUAAAGCAGCUAAACCUCAAUGGCCUUCAAGGACACCAAGAGUUCAUUGUGGAAGUUCUUAUGUUGAGUCUUUUGCGCCAUUCAAAUCUUGUAACUUUGAUUGGUUAUUGCACAGAUGGAGAUCAAAGACUCUUGGUUUAUGAGUACAUGCCACUGGGUAGCUUGGAAAAUCAUCUUUUUGAUCUAGAACCUAAUCAAGAACCGUUGGAUUGGCAUACGAGACUGAAGAUUGCAGUUGGAGCAGCUCGUGGGCUUGAGUAUCUCCAUUGCAAAGCAAAUCCACCUGUAAUUUAUCGGGAUUUAAAAUCAUCAAAUAUAUUAUUGGAUAAUGAUUUCAACUCAAAGCUUUCUGAUUUUGGGCUUGCUAAACUGGGCCCAGUUGGUGAUAACACUCACGUGUCAACUCGAGUUAUGGGCACAUAUGGUUAUUGUGCUCCUGAUUAUGCGAUGAGUGGAAAGUUGACUAUAAAGGCUGAUAUUUAUAGCUUUGGUGUGGUUUUGUUGGAGCUCAUUACUGGACGUAAAGCAAUUGAUAUGAACAAGAAACCUAGCGAACAGAAUUUAGUUGCUUGGUCUCGGCCUUUUUUGAAAGACCGAAAAAAGUUUAUUCAGUUGGUGGACCCGCUUCUAGAAGGUCGGUUUUCGGUUCGAUCGGUGCACCAUGUGGUUGCAGUGACUGCGAUGUGUCUACAAGAGCAGGCCAAUUUCAGGCCCUUGAUUGGUGAUAUUGUGGUUGCACUUGAGUACUUAGCCUCUCAAGCUGAACAUGAACCAGACUCGAGAACAAUUUCUUCUUCUAAGUGAAACUUUUUUGUUAAGUGGAUUCAUGUUUGAUUUUCUUGAUAGGGUUUUUAUUUGUUUAUUUAUUUUUUUGAUAGAGAAUUGAUGAAUGUGGAUAAAGUAUAUUAUGCUUUUGUUUUCUAGUUACUUGCAAACGUGUGGUAUGUGUAGAUAAAUAUAUGGUCUUAGUUGAUGUUCUAUCAUAAAAGGAUGUUUGUUUCAA